AUGUAUACAAAUAUCGACCGGUAAAACGACGUCUGCUAAACCAAAUGCUGUAGGCCCCAGAUUUUGGUGCACAACCCUUAACCGUUGGCGUGAAUAAAUUUUAUUUUUGUCGCCAUGAUGAAAAGUGCCCGGAUGCCAGUGCACGAGCUGAAUCCGUAUCUGACGUGCAUGCUAUGUGGAGGGUAUUUGAUUGAUGCCACUACGAUAAUUGAGUGUCUUCACUCGUUUUGUCGGACGUGCAUUGUGCAUUAUCUACAUACGAGCAACUACUGCCCUGUUUGCGAAUGUUUGGUUCACAAAAAGUACCCACAUCAAAACCUAAGGCCAGACAAGACUCUACAAGACAUUGUCUAUAAAGUCGUUCCGGGGCUAUUUAUGGAAGAAAUGAAAAGACGCAGAAAAUAUUACAGCGAUCAGACAGAUGAUUUCCAGAACCGACCGGGGCGGAUUAUUUUUUCUCCAGACGAGAAGAUUAGUUUGUGCAUGAGGCUAUGCACCAUGAAAUUAGAUGAAAGAAGUACAGAUUAUGAGUUUCAGGACAAGCGGUACCUCCUAUGUCCAGCCAGGAUGAGGGUUUACCACCUGAAGAAGUUUCUGCGACUAAAAUACUCUCUGUCAGACAGACUGGAGGUUGAGAUGUUCCACAUGGACGAGGUACUGAGAGAUGAGUACAGUUUGGUAGACGUUAGCUAUAUCACUGGAUGGAAAAGGGAAAAGGUGAUGGUGCUAAAUUAUGCAUUCUACGAAAACACAAAUAAGAAAUUUAAGAGGAGUAUAUCUACGGGUGCGGUGUCACCUGGCAACGAUGACUCGGGGAUCGAAGACGAGGCUUCAAAUCAAGACGAAAAUAACCCGGAUCAGAACCACGUGACCUCGCAAAGCUUUCAAGCUUCCACUGAGAAUGACAAUCAACAAUCUUCCCAAGAUGACGAAAAACCAUCCGACUCGUCCCAGACAACAGACUCUGUACAGUUGGCGGUAAGCUCUGCCGACACGGUUGAAAAUUGUGCUAACUUGACUGAAAACAAUGCCGACCUGGUUGAAAACAGCGCGAACGCGGAUGAAAAGACUGCUGACGUGAUUGAAAACACUGAUGUAUUUGAAAACAAGACUGGUACGGUUGGAAAUACUACUGACGAGGUUGAAAGCAAGGUUGACACGGUUAAAAACACAGACAAUAUGGUUGAAAAUACUGUCGACGUGGUCGAAGACACUGACGACAUAGUCGAAAACUCUGACGAUGUAGUGUGCAAUGUCGAAAAAGAUGACACUGUUGUUGUUAAACCAGAUAAAGAACAAGUUGAAACGAAAACAGAAGCAGAAGAAGAUGUUGGAAAGCCAAAUAGCCAAACAGAAAAAGAGAAGAAAAACCAUGAGGAAGAGGAGAUCCAAAAGAAAGAAGACAAGAAAGAGUCGUUAGAACUAAAUGAAAUGGACACUGACAGUCAAAGAGAAUCAGUUGUUUAUGAAUCUGACAAUCCUUCUCAAACUGAAUUGGACAAUCCCUCUAAACCUGAAUCUGAAAAUCCUCCUAAAACCGAAGAAAAAGAAUCAAAAUUCGUUGGAGAAUCGCCAAGAGAUCCAGAAUCAUCAAGAAGUCCAGAGAACGGUAGCAUUACUAUUGCAGAUGAAGAAGGUGCACUGCAAAUCGUUAUCGAGGACUCGAAAUCCGAGAAAAGCUCCGACGAUUCUGGAAUACAGAUAUCUGAGAGUAGCCCGAACGAAAAUGACAGUGUUUGUUCCAGCGAUAGUCGGCCUUCGUCAGCGACAAUCAAGAUUCCUCAACCAGACAUGUUCAGGCUUAUGCCACCCAUCUCUUACCAUAACAGUCUUGGUGCUCAUCGUUCAAAGUCCCCCAAAACAUCUACUCCAUUCCAUUCCUUAAAUAGUUCUAGAUAUCAAAGAUAUAUCGACACCAUAGGUUUUAGUGAUUCCAGCUUUUUAUCUUACAGUCCGUUUAAUAAUUCCAUUGCACACACGUCUUCUUGUCCCCAAACAGACUUUGACACCGACGAAAUAUGGACAGACGGAGUCAUGGAUCUCUCUAAACCAAAACCUAAAACCACAGAGACUGAGUUAAAGUCGUCUGCUGUACAAGAAACCGAGGACGAGGAGGUCGUGGAGAAAUACACAUACGUUGUAGACGGUUUGGAAGAAGGCGAGGAGAGCAUGGAGGUGGACUCCGGUUAUGCAAAUGAAAACAAUACCCCAGAAAGAUACUCAGUGUUGUCUCCUGACCAGAAUGAGGUCACGUCCACUCGAGUGGAACAUGUUCCGUUCCACGGUCCAGUGGCGAUAGAAAAUCCCCUACUUUGUACACCGAAACGACCUAUUGUUUCGAGUUUAGUGUGGAAAAAGGAAAGAGUUACUGAUGGGUCGAAGAAAUCUUCGAGCGGAAAACACCACAAAAGGAGAAAGUCUUCCGACAGUUCCAAGCAUAAAGGAGUUUUCUCAAAUGGACAUUCAAAAUGCACCGAUAUAUGUAAUGGACAUACGGUGGUUCCUCGUUCUGAAUGUUCCUCGUAUAAAAAGCACCAGGGCGAGAAGUUGAUUCUAAAUCAGCCUCGCUGUGAAAAACUAAUCAUUAGUCAGUCUCGUUGUGAAAAGGCGCCAAAGAGUAAGCCUCGUUGUGAAAAAUUGGUUGUUAAGCUCAGUAAGGAAAGAAACUCUGAACAUUAUACCGCAACGAUGUCAUAACUUCACGAACCAGUCAAUGUGUCGUUAUAAAUAUUCCACUGCCAUAAAAUCAACGCUCUUAGUUGUAUUCAGUGUUGUUCAUUCAUCUUCAACAACGUUUAUACUCAGUAUUUUAGGCACAUUAUUUCAAAUUAUCGGGAAAAAUUCUAUUGAAAACCGCAUUCCAACAAGGCAAUCUUGUAACUUUGGGAAUAUUACUCUUCAGAAAAGGAAACCUGGAGUUAAGUAUCUGUAUUUUACUAUCAAAACUCAAAUGAUACAGUUCACUUGGACACUGUGUUGUGAAAUAUUACAUACUGACAUGUAUGUAUAGUGAUGUGAAGCUUCUCUAUCCAGCUGACCGUCAUCUUUAUGGCUUCAUAUUGGAGAAACCGUCAUCCAUAAUAUUUGGUGCUGCGUAAUACAACUACAUGUAAAUGUGAAUGUAUAUUAAUCAAAUUUAUUGAUAUUUUACGCACCUGUUUUGAUCAUUUUCGGAUGAAUAUCAGUCCUGUAUGUAUCUGUGUUUUUGGGACCGUUUUUAUUUUUUCCUUCAAUGACUAGAACAUGUUUAUCAUGAUAAUUUAUGUAAAUCUACAAGGCAUUUAAGAAAAAUGUUUAAUUUUAAUUACGAUUUGUGUAUAUAUAUUUUCAUAGGGCCGGACAAAUCAGAGACUUGCAAUUCAAUCUGAGAUUUCCAUUUCAAUCAUUCGACUCCUCGUAUAAAACUUUUUUUUUUUCAAUUUUGCAAUAAAAUGUAUAAAUCCACUAGCUGUGCUAUCCCUUCCCCCCUCUCUCUCUCCCUGUCUACCGUUUUUCAUGAAACUUUGUACAUAUAUAGAGCAGUAUAGAUAAGAUUUAGUUAUAACAGUGAGGUAACUAUUGAUACAGUUGUUUAGUGUUCUUUUUAUUUCUGUUGUUGAUGUACAUGAUAAAUGUUUAUGUCAUAUAGUUUUUCCCCUAGAACACUUUGUUAAAAAUUGCAGAUUUUGAAUAAAACCUUUUCUUGUUUU